AUGGUUCUGACUCAGGAGUAUACGACACCGGAGAGUCCCCUGCCGCUUCGAGAAUAUCUUCGCCAGAUAGUCCUUCAAGCAAUUACCUACCGCUCCUGGAAAAACCCUUUCGCUACGCAAAAUCACGCACCUGAUGCAUGGCCAGUCCGUCACUGUGGACCCGAGAAUGGUUGCAUCAAUGAAGAGGACCUGAAGAAGCUGUACGACGGCCCGCUGUUUUAUGAGAUUAGGGAGAAGCGGAAUGCCGAGGAUGGAUGGAGAGAGAGCUGGGGACUCGGAGGUGAUGGACUUGUGGGAGACGUCAAGGUCUUGCCAUUUAGUUUCUGA